AUGACAGAAGACCAGGAUUUGAUGGCCAAGAUCAGCCAGCUUGCUGGCCAGAUCAAUAGGCACAAAACCGAACGCUCCCACACAGAGCCCCCCUACAGUAGCGAAAUAUCCGCAGGUCAACACGUAUCGCGACAUGUUCCUUCUCGAGGGCGUGGCUGGGCACCGUAUCGCGGCCGACCUUACGCGCGAGGACGUCAUGUAGCUGCUCCCCACCGCCACCGUACCCUCAUCCUCAACAACACAGCAGCACCCGGGACCUCCGGCUCGACCACGCCCGCUGGAGCGGCGACUGAGACAGACGGUGAGGCGCGAUCAACCCCCCCGAACGAAUGGGUUGUGAAACGCGAUCGCCAUAUGCAGCUGAUCAACACCUCGAUAUACGACCAGGAGACCCAGGCGAGGACGAAGGCGAUAGAGGAGAGUCGCAAGACCAAGCAGCAGAAGAGGGCACAGGUUGAGCAGGCUCGAGUCCUCAAUUAUGCGCAGGGGUUCGGUCGAGCGUACCCUGCCGCCUUUUCGGCGCCCCAGGUGGCGGCGACUGCGGAGCCCUCGGCCGAACAUCAGGUUCUAGUCAACGACAUCCCAUUCCGCGUAUCGCGUGGAGGGAGCAAGUUGGUCAGAGUGUCUAGUGCGUCUGUUGAAGAUAUUCUAGUCAAGCGAGCUGGCUUACCGGUCCUAGAUGAUCCGAACACCGCCAACAACACGCCGAAACGAGUUACGGUCGCAGGGGUCGUUUUUGUCAGGAGUAAGAACGGGAAUCUCCAUCGCUUGGGUGCAGUAACGUCGAAAAGAAAACCAAUGGCGGUUAAGAAGAAGGACGCGCUUUGCCAGCGAUUCACUACGACGGGUACCAAUGCUUUCCCUACACUGGGCCUUCAAGUCGUCGAACGUUUAGGCAGCUGUUACAAAGGCCCCACGUGCGCCUACACCCACGACCCGAACAAAGUGGCCAUGUGCAAAGACUUCCUCCAGACUGGUACAUGCAAUGCAGGUAUAAGUUGUGAUCUAUCUCAUGAGCCUUCGUCCCACAGAUCCCCUGCUUGUGUGCAUUUCCUUCGAGGCCGCUGCUCCAAUCCAGAAUGUCGCUAUACCCAUGUCCAUGUUAACCCCGGCGCCCCCGUGUGCCGGGAUUUCGCGGUCUUAGGUUACUGUGAGAAGGGGGACAAGUGUGCCGAACGACAUAUCCACGAGUGCCCAGACUACGCCAACAACGGCAUUUGCCAUAAGAAACGCUGCCGACUGCCGCAUGUCGAUCGGGCCGGGCAGAUCAGGAAAAACACAACCGCAAGGACUGAUGUCACAAUUGAGGCGGAAGACUCUGACGCAUCCAGUGAGGAAGAAGAGCACGACGAAAUUGACACGGAUGACGUUGAUUCAGUCGAUCUUGAUGAUGACGAGUCGGAACUCAUUGCGGCGGAGACUGAUACCGGCGAGGUCUCGCAGCAGCGCGACUUCAUUCGUCUAUAA